AUGGAGGACGCAGAGGCGCGCCGCUCUCGCCUGCGCAGCAUGCGCGAGUCCGCGGCGAAGCAGCAGGCGGCGUCCCCCGGCGCGCCCACGCCUUCCGCCGCCCUCUCCGCACUCCCCUCCCCCGACUUCUCUCCGCCGCUUAUCCGCACGCAUCUGCGUGUGCGCCAUCCGGGGAAGGCGGACCUGGGGGAGGUAGAUCUGCUAGACGGCCAGCAGGAGCAGCCACCACAGGCUCGGGGAAUUUCUCACAGGCCUCAUACGCCAUCACUGCAUGUGACAUGCUGCGCGCUGCAGGGCCCAGGAAGCCGUUGUUUCCGUUCUUCUCUCACCAUGGGGCGGCGAGAGCAGGUAGGUGGUGCGGCAGAGCAGGUGAGUGGUGCGGCAGAGCAGGUGAGUGGUGCGGCAGAGCAGGUGAGUGGUGCGGCAGAGCAGGUGAGUGGUGCGGCAGAGCAGGUGAGUGGUGCAGCAGAGCAGGUGAGUGGUGCGGCAGAGCAGGUGAGUGGUGCGGCAGAGCAGGUGAGUGGUGCGGCAGAGCAGGUGAGUGGUGCGGCGGAGCAGGUGAGUGGUGCGGCAGAGCAGGUGAGUGGUGCGGCAGAGCAGGUGAGUGGUGCUGCAGAGCAGGUGAGUGGUGCGGCAGAGCAGGUGAGUGGUGCGGCAGAGCAGGUGAGUGGUGCGGCAGAGCAGGUGAGUGGUGCGGCAGAGCAGGUGAGUGGUGCGGCAGAGCAGGUGAGUGGUGCGGCAGAGCAGGUGAGUGGUGCGGCAGAGCAGGUGAGUGGUGCAGCAGAGCAGGUGAGUGGUGCAGAGCAGGUGGGUGGUGCGGCAGAGCAGGUGAGUGGUGCGGCAGAGCAGGUGAGUGGUGCGGCAGAGCAGGUGAGUGGUGCGGCAGAGCAGGUGAGUGGUGCGGCAGAGCAGGUGAGUGGUGCGGCAGAGCAGGUGAGUGGUGCGGCAGAGCAGGUGAGUGGUGCGGCAGAGCAGGUGAGUGGUGCGGCAGAGCAGGUGAGUGGUGCGGCAGAGCAGGUGAGUGGUGCGGCAGAGCAGGUGAGUGGUGCGGCAGAGCAGGUGAGUGGUGCGGCAGAGCAGGUGAGUGGUGCGGCAGAGCAGGUGAGUGGUGCGGCAGAGCAGGUGAGUGGUGCGGCAGAGCAGGUGAGUGGUGCGGCAGAGCAGGUGAGUGGUGCGGCAGAGCAGGUGAGUGGUGCAGCAGAGCAGGUGAGUGGUGCGGCAGAGCAGGUGAGUGGUGCGGCAGAGCAGGUGAGUGGUGCGGCAGAGCAGGUGAGUGGUGCAGCAGAGCAGGUGAGUGGUGCAGCAGAGCAGGUGAGUGGUGCAGCAGAGCAGGUGAGUGGUGCGGCAGAGCAGGUGAGUGGUGCAGCAGAGCAGGUGAGUGGUGCAGCAGAGCAGGUGAGUGGUGCGGCAGAGCAGGUGAGUGGUGCGGCAGAGCAGGUGAGUGGUGCGGCAGAGCAGGUGAGUGGUGCAGCAGAGCAGGUGAGUGGUGCGGCAGAGCAGGUGAGUGGUGCGGCAGAGCAGGUGAGUGGUGCGGCAGAGCAGGUGAGUGGUGCAGCAGAGCAGGUGAGUGGUGCAGCAGAGCAGGUGAGUGGUGCAGCAGAGCAGGUGAGUGGUGUGGCAGAGCAGGUGAGUGGUGCAGCAGAGCAGGUGAGUGGUGCAGCAGAGCAGGUGAGUGGUGCAGCAGAGCAGGUGAGUGGUGCGGCAGAGCAGGUGAGUGGUGCAGCAGAGCAGGUGAGUGGUGCGGCAGAGCAGGUGAGUGGUGCGGCAGAGCAGGUGAGUGGUCCGGCAGAGCAGGUGAGUGGUGCGGCAGAGCAGGUGAGUGGUGCGGCAGAGCAGGUGAGUGGUGCGGCAGAGCAGGUGAGUGGUGCGGCAGGGCAGGUGAGUGGUGCGGCAGAGCAGGUGAGUGGUGCGGCAGAGCAGGUGAGUGGUGCGGCAGAGCAGGUGAGUGGUGCGGCAGAGCAGGUGAGUGGUGCGGCAGAGCAGGUGAGUGGUGCGGCAGAGCAGGUGAGUGGUGCGGCAGAGCAGGUGAGUGGUGCGGCAGAGCAGGUGAGUGGUGCGGCAGAGCAGGUGAGUGGUGCGGCAGAGCAGGUGAGUGGUGCGGCAGAGCAGGUGAGUGGUGCGGCAGAGCAGGUGAGUGGUGCGGCAGAGCAGGUGAGUGGUGCGCAGAGCAGGUGA